AUGAGUGGGAUCGUCACGCCGAACGCGGCGGCGGGCUCUUCCGACCCAACACCCACCCAGAACGGCUCUGCUGCAUUGGAUGACGACGCGCGCUCGUUUUCUGUCGCCUCGACAUCGAGUCUGAAGUAUCCCCAUCUGCUCCACCCACGCGCUGCGAAUCCUGCAAUGGACCUGGCCGCGCUCGUUCGCGAGCCAGACGAAGAUCAGCCGGGCGUUUCCACGCUUGUGUCGUUGUGGCGCUUAAGCGGUGCGAUUGUGUGGGAGGUUCGCGUGACGGGACGCGUUCUCGGACUGGCGUGGAGCCCCGACGGCCUCUUCCUCUCGCUCAUCGUUCUGCGGCUGCCAAGUUGGCCGCCACGAGCCGAGGUCAGUGCAGCCAAGAGCACGAUCGAGCAGCUCUCGGUACACACUGGCGAUGUUGUCAAAGCAGUACAGGUGCCCGCCGCUCUGCUGGAGCAACUCACUGAUACCGACUGGGUGCCAACAGCCGAACGAGACUCACGCUUUGCAUGGUGGCCUAUGGAGUGGGUCGGAGGCGAGCAAGAAUGGCCUUCCCACAAGUCCGGUGCACCGCUCAUGAUCAUAGACUCUCUACCUGGUAUCGAGCGCGUCGAGCCGCCAAAACCCGCCAUAAUCAACCCCUUUGCUCCCCCACCUUUGGCUGCGGCGCAGAAGGGCUUGCAUGAGAAGCUCGAGUCUGCCCCCACCCUCCUCCCUUCGACCCCGCAACCGCCGCCCUCGGUGUUGGUUGUGUCUGCUCCCGUGCAGCGCUCGAGUGCUUCUGCACGGUUACUGACUGGCACCAUGCUUCUGCCACCUGGAACCCCGAGCAACGUGCCUCCUGCGGUGCUCGAGGUCGCCAUGCGUGCGGACACAAUUACGCGGCUGCUAGACCCCGUCUUCCGGGGGAUAGAAAGCUGUGCCGCAGCCUACAGAGAUGCCGAGAGGCAGACUGUGGUUUGGCGAGAAUCACUCGAAUCUUGCGGACAGCAGCACAACGUGUCUACGCGAGACGUGCACGCGGACCUGUACCGCUUCCUCAUGUGCCGCCGCUCAAGCCCAGGUAUUACUGAAUGGCUCGGAAACCGCCUGACGAACCGACCUGUGGCGAAAUGGGACACGACGGUCCAGGAGGGCUAUAUUACCGUCAUGACGGUGCUCACGCAGAGCGUGAUACCUGCACUUGAGCGAGUGCUGCUAGUGCUGGAGGAGAUGAACGGUUGGGCGCUUGGCCAUCAUGCGGACCAGGCUGCGUCCAUUUUGUGCCGGUUCGAGUUUGAAGUCGUCCUGGACCGUUCGGAGGUCAAGCGCGCGCUCGCUCUUGUGAGAGGGCUGUUCGAGCUGUGUGAGGACAUGCGACAGGCGGCGGCGCUCGAGUGGGAAACGAGUGUCGAGUGGUUCAAAUGGCUCCGCUACGAGAUGGCCAGAGCGGUUUCGAACGACGAGGCCGGCCUGCCAGUCCAUGACACCAAGCUUGUGUGGUCGUACAUGGUCAAUGGUUUUAGCAACAGCCGGUUCAGAAAGCACUUUCCGCACGUUAUUGGCGCGUCAAAUGCGGUGCUCACGGAUCUGCCUCCUGCGCUACAGCCCGCAGUGCAGAGCCUGGACGAGGUCAUGAAAUCCACACUCACACGCCUGCAUCAGCAGCUAAAGCCCUCGCCUCUCCCGCACGAGUCCGAGACCGCGCCAGCCCCUGUCCCAGACCACUCGGCCUCUAACGAGGAGCUCGACUUGGAGCCCAACGGGGUCGACGUCGAGUCCAACGAGUCUUUCGAUACAGUCGGCGAGAAUGGUCACCCGGAUCCUGCACCCACGCCGACGGAAAAACGCGAACCCUUGCGCGAACCUUGGGCAUGGGCCAACGCUCUCCUGGCGACGACCAGUGCCAUUACAGCUUCGGCGCGCGUCCGCAACCCCGAACCCAUUCUCCAGGGGAACGACUUUGCGCUGCCAACGGUCGAUGAGCGCAUCAUCGGGGACGAACUCUGGGCCCUCGUUAUCUCGGACAAGACACUACAUGUCUUGGUCCGUAGCGAGUCUCUCCUACACGCCCGCUUUAGCGGUGAGGUCGUGAACGCCGCGUUCUACGGCGACGACGAGGUCGCGGUCGUGCUUGCCCGUGGCUCGAAGCGGUGGUUUGCUCUCGUGUCGGCGGAGAGUCUGCGCGAUGCCAUGGUGCCUACGCAGACCGGCGACAUGAUCAGCCUUGCGUCCGCCCCAGCCCACGACCUUAUGCUCUCACGGGUCCGUACGCUAGGCGUCAUGCGCCAUGACGCUGCAUGGGGCCUAGCGCUCAAUCCAGCUGAAGGACGGCGGAGCGGCUGGGUCCUCACAUCUGGCGGGGACGAGCUGUGCGUCCUUGACCUCGAGGCGAACGAGGAUGAGGAGUGGGACGAGGAAGAGGAAGGGGAGGGGGCGAUGGAGGAGUAG